CGACCGUCAUUAUCAGUUCGCUAGGUGUCGUGCAAUGAUUACAGUUCAGGUGACCUGGUCGCUGCUGGCGAUCCUAUGCCUCACGGGCACACUUUCGGUCCACGAAAACGCUACGAAGGACUGGUGGGAAACGGCCGUAUUCUAUCAGAUCUAUCCGCGAUCGUUCUUCGAUACGGGUGACGACGGGACCGGUGAUGUAAAAGGAAUCACAGCCAAGCUGCAAUAUCUGAAAGAUACCGGCGUGGAGGCCACGUGGUUGAGUCCAAUUUUUUCAUCACCACAGGAAGAUUUUGGGUACGAUGUGAGUGAUUUCAUCUCGGUGGAUCCACUGUUUGGGACGAAUGCCGACUUGGAGGAAUUGUUUACGAAGGCUAAGUCGCUUGGUAUCAAAAUUAUUCUGGACUUUGUUCCAAAUCACUCCAGCAAUCAGCACGAGUGGUUCAUUAAGUCGGAGCAGAAAAUUGAUCCAUAUACGGACUACUAUGUGUGGCAUAAGGGUUUGACAAAUUCAACAGGAGGACGCCCAUUGGUUCCCAACAAUUGGCAAUCUGUGUUCUACGGUUCCGCUUGGGAGUGGAGUGGCCGCCGGGGAGAGUAUUAUCUUCACCAGUUUGCCAUUGGACAGCCGGAUUUGAACUUUCGGAACGAAGCAGUGAUCAAGGAAUUCGAUGAGAUUCUGCGCUUCUGGAUGGGAAAAGGUGCAUCAGGAUUCCGCAUUGAUGCGAUCAAUCAUAUGUUCGAGGUAGAAGAUUUGCGUAAUGAGCCGAUUAACGAUCCGGAAGAUCCCAAUAGCUAUGGUUAUACGCAUCACAUCUAUACGAAAGAUCUUCCGGAAACGUACGAAGUGAUUGCCCGUUGGCGUAAACUAAUCGAUGACUACGUGAAGGAGAAUGGAUUGGAGACAGUUAUAAUGAUGACGGAAGCGUAUGCAAAUUUAACAAUGACCAUGAAAUACUACGAAUCAGACGACGGGACCCAGCUGAGAGCUCAUUUCCCAUUUAAUUUUGCCAUGAUAGAAAAUUUGGAAGACAAAUCGAAGGCACCUGAUUUUAAAUUUGUCAUUGAUCGUUGGUUGGACAACAUGCCCCGUGGCAAAGUUGCCAACUGGGUGCUGGGUAACCAUGAUAAACCUCGUAUAGCCAGCCGUUACGGGCGGGAACGUAUCGAUGGGAUGGCCUUGCUUCUGAUGACCUUACCAGGAGUUGCGGUAGUCUACAAUGGAGAAGAGAUUGGUAUGGAAGAUUUCCGCGACAUGUCCUACGAAGAUAGCAAAGAUCCUCAAGGAUGCAACCUUGGACCGGAAAGAUAUAAAUUGGCAUCCAGAGACCCUCAGCGGACACCAUUCCAAUGGGAUGACACAUUCAAUGCUGGGUUUUCGAAAGCCGUCAAAACUUGGCUUCCGAUGCAUCCUCUGUACAGACGGACCAACCUUCUUAAGCAACAGGAAGCAGAUUACAGUACCUACAAAUUCUAUGUGGAUGUUCUGAAGCUUCGGAAAGACCGACUCUUCACUCACGGCGAGUUCAGUUCUCGUGCGUUCAACGACGACGUGUUCGGAUUAGUUCGGUAUAUUCGUGAGAACGAGGAUCGUGCUUUUGAUCCGUACAACAUUGUGCUGAUCAAUUUCUCUGGUCAAACGCAUGAAGUAGACGUGAAAGAUCUGUACCGAUUUUCGGAUGAAAGGGCCAUGGUUAAACUCGUUGGGAAGGAAUCUCGUCACCUAGUUGGGGAUACUGUUAACACGACGGUGGUGUUCUUGGGACCAUAUGAGGCCAUGGUGCUAGGUGAAAUUAGCGCUGCAGCGGGACUGCAAGUGUCAUUUUAUUUGUUGAUUAUUGCAGUUUUGAAAUAUUUUUACAUAUAGUUACAUAUUAACGUU